AUGGACUCCAAAUGCAGUCAUUCUGUGAAACUAAAUGAUGGGCACUUCAUGCCAGUGCUUGGAUUUGGCACUCUUGCUUCUGAAGAUGUUCCUAAGAGCAAGGCUGCUGAGGCCACCAAAGUGGCAAUCGAUGUAGGUUUCCGUCACAUUGACGCAGCAUACGUCUAUCAAAACGAAGAGGAAGUCGGCAAGGCCCUUCGAGAGAAGAUUGCAGACGGCACUGUGAAGAGAGAGGACAUAUUCUACACCACCAAGCUUUGGGCUACGUUCUUUCGACCAGAAUUGGUUCGACCAGCCCUGGAAAGAUCACUGAAGAAACUUCAACUGGACUAUGUCGAUCUCUUCAUCAUUCAUGUGCCAAUAGCUAUGAAGCCUGGAGAGGAGCUUAUGCCAAAGGAUGCCAAUGGGAAAAUUAUUUUAGAGACAGUGGACUUGCGUGACACAUGGGAGGCCCUGGAGAAGUGUAAGGAUGCAGGUUUAACCAAGUCCAUUGGGGUGUCCAAUUUCAAUCACAAACUGCUGGAAAUGAUCCUGAACAAACCAGGGCUCAAGUACAAGCCUGUCUGCAACCAGGUGGAAUGUCACCCAUACCUCAACCAGAGCAAACUCCUGGAAUUCUGCAAGUCCAAGGAUAUUGUUCUUGUUGCCUAUAGUGCCCUAGGGUCCCAAAAAGACCAAAAAUGGGUGGAAAAGGAUAGCCCUGUUCUCUUGGAGGAACCGGUUUUGAAGGCCAUUGCCAAGAAACACAAUAGAAAUCCAGGCCAGGUGGCCCUGCGCUACCAAGUACAGCGAGGGGUGGUGGUUUUGGCCAAGAGCUUCAAUGAGAAGAGAAUAAAAGAGAACUUCCAGGUUUUGGACUUUGAACUGACUCCAGAAGACAUGAAAGCGAUUGAUGGCCUCAACAGAAAUUUCCGAUUCUUUAAAUUGCCAUUUGCUAUUGAUCACCCCUACUAUCCAUUUUCUGAAGAAUAUUGACCAUCAACUAUACACCAUGCGUUCUACCAGUCUCUUGUCUCUAGGGAUGUCGAGAGGAUUUCUGCACUUGGUGGAAGUGAUUAAAAGCAGCUUUAUAGCUUCAGGCUGCUUGCCUUUCUUCUUUCUAAAACUCUUUUUAUUUUAUGA